AUGCUGCCGUCAACCACUCGAACUCGACCCUGGGAAGAGGUGGGCGUCGAUCUUUUUCAUUUGAACGGCCAGGACUACGUCCUUCUGGUGGAUUACCGGUCACGCUUCCCGGAGGUCAUCAGCCUGCGCUCGACGUCAGCACCUGCUGUCAUCAGCGUCAACAAGAGCGUCUUCACGUGCCACGAGAUCCCGGGACUGGUGCGCAGCGAUUAUGGUCCUCAGUUUGCUGCAAGAGAGUUCUCCGCCUUCCCCGAUUCCUACGGUUUUCGCCACGUCACUAGCAGCCCCCGUUUUCCACAGUCGAACGGGGAGGUGGAAAGGAGGCUGAGGAUGGUCAAGGACUUGCCGCGGAAGGCGGAUGAUCCCUACCUUGCACUUCUGGCAUACAGGGUUUACUCCGUUUGGCAUACAGGGUUACUCCGUUUACCCCUGGGGUAA